GUACGGGUAAAUGAAGUGCAAUUCGAGACCACACUAAAAUCAGACAUUCUGCAUAUGCACGCGUUGUCGGAUAAGCGGCGAUGAUGGCAGAAACCGAGGUCAGAAAGAAGAUAUCAGAACUUCUGGUGAAAGAUCUACGAGCAGAACUGGAAAAAAGGGGCUUGGAGCAAAAAGGCAUCAAAGCUGUUUUGCUUGAAAGGCUGCAGGGGGCACUCAGAGAAAACGGAGAGGACCCUGACACCAUCCUGAUUGAACUGCCGUCAUCACCAAGAAUUUCUAAGACAUUUCCAACCGAGCAAGGGGAGAUGGACGAAUCGGCCAACGAUGGGGAUACAGACGACGUGACGGUUGAAGAUGAGGAAGAUGAUGAUAUUGUCAUGGAACUCAUCGAAGAUUCCGACGAAGAGAAUCUAGAGGAGGAAGACAUCUAUGGUGAUCUGGAGGUAACAGAUGCAGGCCAAGAUGAACCAGAAAUGGAAGCAGCCACAGACGAAGGCGAGGAAGACAUGAUCGUAUCUCUGGAUAACGCCCGCUUUACUGCACAGGAGGGAGAGGAGGAUCAGGAGGGCGAUGUUGAAGACGAUGUUCAGGCUGAAGAAGAAGAUUUGUCUGUUUACAAUUGCUGUUCAGUAUCCUGUGCGCUUGGAACCACGAAGCGCAUAGGAAGCCAGACAGGGGGGUUAUCAAAGUCUUCCAUCCUAGGUGCAGAACAAGUAACCGGGGCAGCUGACGAAGAGGAAGAUGAAUCUGGCCUGGCUGCCGAUGCCUCUGAUCCCGCUUCUGACACCAAAGAUGCAGAUGAGUCCAUGGUAGAGCCUGUCGAAGAUACUGAGGAAGCUGAACCAGAAGAACCCACCGCGGUGGGAGAGUCUACCAGAUCCCAACCGGAAAAGGCAGAUUCUGCCUCCCGAGACGACGGGGCGAAGGGUACCAAAACUGUGUCAGGGAAUUCUGGGAACAUUGUCGGCAAACCUAAGACCACGGACGGAGACGGCGGAAAGAGUGUUUCUGGUAAAACUGCCUCAAACAAAGACUCGACGGCAGAGAAGAAAGCCGCACCUGCCACAGGAACCGUUGCCCAACCCAGCAAAAGCCAAACAUCAACUGGAAAAGAUGCUUCGAAAGACAACAAAGGAAGCUCCGGAAACUGCAACAUUUGGGUGAGUGGCCUCUCCAAGGAGACCAGAGCAGCCGAUCUCAAAACCGCCUUCAGCAAGUACGGCAAGGUGAUCGGUGCCAAGAUCAUAUGGAACGCCAAACUGCCUGGCCAUCACUGCUACGGGUUUCUCUCCAUGUCUUCCAAUGCGGAAGGAUCCAAGGCCAUCGAGUGUUUGCACCGCACCAAAUUACACGGUCGCACUAUCGAUGUGACGUGGGCUCGUAAUCAAACGGCCGGAUCGGUCGCCCAGAAGUCUUCCACGUCGACGUCCUCCACUCCCGCAGCCAAGAAAGAUGACAAGGAGAAAGCAGACGUCAAGAAAGCAGCAGCCACACCUGUCUCCAAGGAUGACAAGAAGGAAGAGAAAGCUCCCUCAGCCCCCGUGAAGAAGGAUGACAAGGGAUCAACUGCUAAGAAGGAGGAUACAGUUGGAAAAGAGGUUGAUAAGAACGAAAAGAAGCCGACAACAGGAACCAAGACGAGUGUUGAAGGCAAGAAUGACAAGACACCAUCUGGCAGCUCAGAUGCGUCGAAGAAGAGUGAAUCUUCAUCAACGGGGAAAGAUUCUUCCAGACGUUCAAGCUCUCAGUCAGAUAAGGACAGGAAAGACAAAGUCUUCUCGCUGGAUGAGGCAAAAGAGAAGCAGCGCCAGGAGUACCAGCGACGACGGGAGAAGGACGAAAGAGAGUCUGAACGUCGCCGGGACAGAGAGAGGGAGGAGAGGAUCCGCAGGGAGCGGGAAGAUGUGCAGAGGCGCUACCGGGAAGAGCUGCGAAAGCUCCGCAAGGAGAGGGAGCAGUUGGAGACUGAGCAGGCCAAACUAGAGAAGGAACGGGCUGAGCGCCAACGUAUCGAGAAGGAUCGCCUGAAGAUGGUCCAGGAACGGGAGAAGUUCCAGCGAGAGAUGCAAGAGUUUCGCAAGAUGGAGAUCCAGCUGAAGAUCGACCAGGAGCGACUGGCCACACUCAAGCGCACCUUGGAGACCCAGACCUUGGCAACUCAGCAGGCUGUGGCCCAGCAGGCUGCAGCUCAGCAGGCUGCAGCUCAGCAGGCUGCAGCACAGCAGGCCGCAGCACAGCAGGCUGCAGCACAGCAGGCCGCAGCACAGCAGGCCGCAGCACAGCAAGCUUUAGAUCCCUACAGCAACGACCGCAAGCGGCGGGCCAUGAUGCAAGAGGGCAUGACGGGAAACUUCAACAAGACAACCCCUUCGGACACCAGACUGGUGGUGGCUGUUGGGGAGCGUCACGUAGCGAAGUACGAUCAGCAGCAAAACCAAGGGGGCGCUCCUUCCCAGCAUGAUCUCAACCAAGGACAGUUUGGCAGUCCGCAGCAAUCUGGGUUUGGUGGCAGCAGUGGCAUGCGUGCUCCCACUUCAACCAGCCAAUACAGAGAGGGUUCCAACCAACGUAGGGAUGACAGAUCACGCUCUGAUGUCGAAAGGAGAUAUGAACCGGGGAGACGCAGUAAUGACAGACGAGAUGAUUCCCGUCAGAGGUCAGCCAACCGGGACGGCGAUCCAUCAAAAAAUGAUGGCUCCAGAAAGAGAGGGGAUAGCUACCGGAGAGAUGAAGGAUACAAACGCAUUGAGGAACCCAUCAAAAGACUGGAUUCCAGGAGGGAAUCAAGAGACCACCAUGACAGAGAUGAACGCAGAGUGCUGUCCAACCAGCAGAGCACCAGAUACCAGGGAUCAGGUAGCGGAAGGGGAGGGGACAGUUCCUUCAGCAAUCGGGAUUCGCAGAGAGACACCAGAGAUUUCAGAGAUGAUCGGGAUAAGGCAAGAGAUGGCACCUCAGCAAGGAUGCCUUCCCAUGGCGGAGGCAGCGGCGACUCACGAGAUGGCUGGAAGGGAAAUCGUGAUGGAGGCAACGUGGUGUCGGGCAGCAACUGGAAAGCAAACGUGGGUGGGGGAAACCAAAGCUUGGGUCGCUCCAAUGUGUCUGGUGGGUUUGGCAACUUCCAGCAGCAACAGAAGCAAGAUUUUCCCAUGCAGUCUUCAUCCAGUCAGAGUGUGAACACACGGAUGAGUGGGACUACCUCACUCCUCGGUCGAGGUGACUUUAUGAUGAACCAGCAAGAGCCUCUUCAGCAACAGCAGCAGAAUCGAGGCAGCAUCCUUGGCGAACCACCUGCCCAGGAGUCGGCCAGCUGGCCUCCCAGUGGACUGGAUUCUUCCGCCAAUCGUAGCGGAGGUUCCAGUUCCCUUGGCAUGCAGGGCACAUCGCACAUGUCCAACAUGAUGAACCAGAACCAGCCCAUGAGCUCCAUGAUGAACAACCAGAAUACCAUCGGGAGUCAGUUUAUGGGCGGGGGUGGUAGCAGUGGCGUUGCAGGAAGCGCAGGUGUUGGCCUCAUGAGUAACAUGGGCGGCGGGGGCAUGAUGGGUAACAUCGGGGGUGGUCUCGGCGGAGGUAUGUCUGGGAACAUGGGCAUGAUGUCCCAGGGUUCCAUGGGUGUCGGCGCUUUCAUGGGAAGCAGUCAGAUGCCGAUGGGUUCGGCUGGUGUCAACAUGGGCAUGGAUCGACUGCAGCAGAUGCAGCCAGACAACAGAUUCAGUAUCCGUCGAUUCUAAGAUAACUGUAGUAUAACUCUGCAUCAUCAUCUAACAAAAUGUACACGUGUGUACACAUAGGUAAUGUUGAACCGUUUGUAAUUAAAGAGAAAGAAAGAAAGCAAAUUGUUUAUGAUGUUACAUGUGUAUGAUUACAUUUGGCCCGUUACAGUCGAUAGUAAGUACAAAUCUUGUAAGUACAAACUCUGUUAAUACACAAUUCUGGUGAUAACAAACAUAAAGCCUUAGUCCCGACUGUGCAUUCAUGUGCACAAUGAAUGGGACUAAUGUUCCUCCUAAUCCAAAUUUCUGAUAUAACAAACAAUUUUAGCUAGGUCCGAACGAGUUUGUAUUAACGAGACUCAACUGUACACAUUUCCCUGGGGCAAAAUACAUACAAGUUUUUAGUGGAGCGCUUUUAAUUACAAAUAAAAACUAGCUGCAGUGCCUCAGUAAUAGUUUUGAAAUAUUACUGAGAAAUGUUUGGCUGUUGUAAAAAACUGUUGCCAAUCUUAUGCAAGUAUCUAGAGAAGGAUUUUUUUCUGAUCGACCAUCCUUUUAUUUUCCAUAAGUGUACGGCGCUUGGAUGCACAAGUUAAGUUUCAUAUUUCUGUAUUCUCGUCAAUGCAUUUCCAAUCAUUACCCGAUAUAAAAAAGUCUGGAUGGAUGGAAGAUAUUAUAAUCACUGUUCAAAAUGGCAAAUUGUAUCUUCAGACGAGUGUUACCUGUAAUUUUGUUCUAACAUGAAGUAGUUAUGCUGUUUGUUUUAACCACGUUCUAGUGGUAUAAAACUAGCAUUGUUUUGCCACUUUCUGCACCAAAAGCUGUAUAUUUGAGCUUAACCAAUUUGCACACUGUUUUGUCUUUUAUGUUUUUAGUUAAGUGCUUUUAUUUGAAGAAGAAAAAAAAAGAGAAAAAAACAGGCUCUUCAUACAGGGGCAAAAAUUGUCCUGCGUAAAACAAAUGAUUAAAGACAGGCCGAGCCUUAGUGAAGCUGGUCCCAAGCCAAUUUGGUCUGAGGGGCCUACAAGUUUAAGUCAGUAAAAUAGGUACUAAGCAGACAGGUACCAGUGAAACCCACAAUUUGUUUGGGGACAAAGAAAGGUAAAUUUAACAAGGCGUGAUGA